AUGUCUCAAAAACCAUCGGGUAUUCGCCCCUUCAAGCUGCCCUUUUUCGGUAAAUAUGGCAUCUACGAAUGGAUCAACCAUCUGACAGCACUCAUUCUGCUGAUCUUCGCCGUCACCCUGUUGGUCAAAUCGCUCUUGGGUACUUCAAUUCAAUGCAACUACGAAAAUCUUUCCUCACCAUCGAAUGCUUUCAACCAAACGACUGUCGAUUUCUACAAAUCAAAAUGCAACUCUGAAGAUAACAUUUACAUGAUUGGCUACAAGGAUGUGAGACUCCCAAUGGUCACCAUGAUUUGUCCAGUCGUUCUGGGCAUGUUUGCGAUUGUGUUCUUAUUUUUGAGACGUUUGUUUAUGUAUAUGGAAUCUCAUGUUGAAUCUUCCUUGAGUGACUGCUCGCAAAUCGCCAAUACGAUCAAAAAUGAGAAGACGGAGGAAAGAGCCAAAUCGAUAAAAAGAAUGGUGAAAAAAAUGAUUAAAAUCAAUCAGAAAAAUGGAUCAAACAGGAUUUUUUAUUACUACAUUCUUACGAAGCUCAUGUAUAUUGGAUUGUUCAUGAUCAUUGUUUUCACGUUUGGUGCUCUUUUCAUCGUCACGGAAAGCUUCCACGCCGUCCUGUACAAUUAUUUUGAGUCGCCGCGACAUGGAGUUACAGCGCUUUUGCCCCAUGAAGCUAUUUGUCGUGUUCAACAUGAAGAUUACCCACGAAUGGAUUUCAAGUGCUUCAUGGAAUACAAUCUGUUUGCUGAUAUUCUGCUUGCGUUGUUUUCAAUCUGGAUUUCUGUCAUGAUGCUGAUGGUUGUGUUGGAUCUUUUGAAAUUCAUGUGGAAUGAUGGCCGGGAUAGUUACAUCAAAAAGCGUCUCAAAGAACUCUAUCUUUUUGACAUUUCGAAUUCCCGAGCUCGCCGAAUCAGCAAAUAUCUUGGAUUUAAUGGCAUUCUUAUCAUUAAAGCGGUGUUUGAUAUCUCGGAGGACGUUUCCUACGAUUUGUUGCAUAUGAUUGUGCUCUACGAGAUCGCGAGUUACCAUAAGAAAGAGGAAGAUGACCUGAUGUUGUUGAGGGAAAAUGACACCAAGGAUUCGAACAUGAAGGACGUUCGCAUUUUCGUCGAUAACCCAUAG